CGGAAGCUCGACACAGUUCUCGCUAGCUUCACUCCUAAGUGUAUCCGCUGGAGUUCCUGCGUCGGCAACACAGACUGAACAUUGAAAAAGGUCGUGCAGGGGAGAGAGCUGCUCGACUCCAUGUCCUGCGAACUAAUAUCGCCGUGAAUCUACAGCUCCAGCCCCCUCGACAUGGAGCCGGUGUUCGGCGGCAGCAGCGUCCUCGGAUGCGCGGCGGGCGUCGCGGCGGGCGUCGCGGCGGGCGGGCUCCUGCUCGCCGCCUACAAACUGGGCUUACUCUACCAGUUGUUCCACAAGACCGAAACACAGAGUCCGCGGCACGGCGGCGAGAGCGUGGCCGAGGUGCUGCGCGCCCACGGGAUCAAGUACGUGUUCACCCUGGUCGGCGGACACAUCUCGCCCAUCCUGGUGGCCUGCGAGAAGGUCGGCAUCCGCAUCGUGGACACCAGACACGAAGCCACCGCCGUCUUUGCCGCCGACGCCGUGGCGAGGCUGUCAGGCACUGUCGGUGUAGCAGCGGUCACCGCAGGCCCGGGCCUCACCAACACGGUGACGGCGGUGAAGAAUGCCCAGAUGGCUGAAUCUCCGUUGCUUCUGAUUGGAGGAGCUGCUGGGACGCUGCUGCAGGGCAGAGGAGCGCUGCAAGACAUCGACCAGAUGUCGCUGUUCAAGCCGCUGUGCAAGUUCUGUGCGUCCAUCAGGACCAUCAGAGAGAUCGUGCCCACGGUCAGGAAGGCCCUGGCCGUCGCCCAGUCCGGAACUCCCGGUCCAGUUUUCAUAGAGUUCCCCAUCGACACACUCUACCCCUACCACCUGGUGUCCAAAGAGUUCGGGGUUAAGAACCCGCCCAAAGGCCUGAUGGGGAAAAUUGUCUCGUGGUACCUGGGCAACCACCUCAUGAACCUGUUCGCCGGAGCCUGGGAAACAAGAGACGUGUCUCCGCUCCCCGUCGACAUCCCACAAGCCACAGACGAUCAGGUACAAAGGUGCAUCGAGCUGGUGAGUCGAGCCAAGAAACCAGUCAUUCUGCUCGGCAGCCAAGCAACACUACCCCCAACGCCGGUCGAUGACAUCAGGAAAGCCUUGGAGGACCUGGGCAUCCCCUGCUUCCUGGGGGGCAUGUCUCGUGGCAUGCUGGGUAAAAACAGUCCCAUCCACAUCCGACAGAACAGGAGAGACGCUCUGAAGGAAGCCGACUUGGUGCUCUUAGCAGGCACCGUGUGCGACUUCCGCCUGAGCUACGGCAGAGUUCUCAACAGGCGAAGCAAGAUCAUCGCUGUCAACAGAGAUAAAACGCAGCUGCUGAAAAACUCUGAUAUGUUCUGGAAGCCUACGAUAGCAAUUCAGGGCGACGCUGGCUCGUUGUUAGUGCGGCUCUCUAAAGGCCUGAAGGGCCACCGCUGUCCGGCGGAAUGGCCCCAGGGCCUCAAAGCUGGAGAUGACACCAAAGAAAAUAAGAACAGGUCUAAAGCUGAUGAGAAGACCGAUCAUCACCUGAAUCCACUGAAAGUCCUGCACUGUGUGGACGAGCUGAUGGCGGAGGACAGCAUCAUUGUUGCCGACGGCGGGGAUUUUGUCGGAAGUGCUGCGUACAUAAUGAGACCAAGAGGACCGAUGCGCUGGCUGGAUCCGGGAGCCUUCGGGACCCUGGGCGUUGGAGGAGGAUUUGCCCUGGGGGCAAAACUGUGCCGGCCGGACUCUGAGGUGUGGAUCGUUUACGGUGACGGCUCCCUAGGAUACAGCGUUGCAGAGUUUGACACGUUCACGAGACACAAGACACCGGUUAUCGCCUUGGUGGGAAACGACGCGUGUUGGAGUCAGAUCGCCAGAGAGCAGGUUCCCAUCCUCGGCAGCAACGUGGCAUGUGGCCUCGCAUUCACAGAUUAUCACAUCGUGGCAGACGGGUACGGGGGGAAGGGCUACCUGGUAGGGCGCGAGGACGAGGACAGGCUGAGCGACGUCAUCCGACGGGCUCAGAAGGAAUGCGAGGCGGGCACGGCGACGCUCCUCAACGUCCUGAUAGGGAAGACCAACUUCAGAGAGGGCUCCAUCUCCGUUUAGAGCUGCUGCUGCUGUUUUCCCUUUUCCUUCAACUUCGGCUGCCUCCACAGCGAGUUUCGCUGCUGGGCUUCAUGAAGGGAUUUGAACCUGCGUUGUUCAACCCAAGCCCCGAUCAGACCUCUGCUAAUCCUCUGUGCCCUUAAAGCCAUAUUUCACUUUGUCUACAGUUAUGCUGCUCUCUCUCUCUCUCUCUCUCUCUCUCCCUCUCUCUCACAAGAGUUCAGUCAGGAUCUCCUUUACUUCCCUCGUCAGAUCAUUAUCAUUAUUAUCAGGUUCUAGCUGCAGAUCUGCCAGCCUGGAGACUAAAGCUUUUUUGUUGUGCGUGCUACCUUCAGGGUCGUGUUGUGUUCUUUGACAAGGAAAUUGCUGCAUUUCACGAAAAAGGGAAAGUUUCCUGCUUUUAGGGAUUUCACCUCUUGGGGGUGAGAUGUUGAACCUUUAACCAGCCUAUUAUAACUCGGAUAGUUACAGCAGAGUAUCCAGUGACGGAACAAACGUACCAGCAAAUAAACCAGUGACAGAAAAAAAUCGCUGUCAUCAAAUGUGACGACGAGUCUGCCUUUUCUCCUCAUCCCUUUUUUUUUAACGGGGGUCGUGAUAUUCUUUUAUCGGUUUGUGAUAAAAAACUUGUCAAAUAGGGAAUCUUUUUUGAAUGUCGAAGACUGAUAAAUGGUUUGCCUUUUGAAGUUUGAUUGUAUCUUUGAGUACAUUGAGUGGAGUGGGGGUUUCUUCUUUUCUGCAUCUGACCAAAUAUAACUAGAAAAGGCAAUUUCUGAAGAAGUUGCGGUGUGAACGCUGGCUGCUGAAAGGCCGACGCUAAACUGGAUUGCUGGCUUUAAUUAGGAUGAAGGGAGUAAGGACAGUGGGGAAAUGGGUAUUUAAUGUGUAGUGACUAGAACGAUCGCGGAAAACGUUGAAUAAUAUGGAAAGUAUGAAAAAGUUGAAUAGAGGCCGGAAUGUCCUUAUUGAGCCGAACCGUUUGAUGUUUGAAUGGCGUUAAAGGUUGAUAAGUGUGGAAGAAGGAAGAGGGCCCCAAAACGUUUUGGGGGACAAUAAAAAUAAUAAACAAAUCAAAUCAGAACAUUCCAUUACGAUUCAAAUAUCAUCUGCGUUGAUGCAAUGAUCAAAGGGUCAAAGGCACACGCGCGCGCGCACACAUACAUAUCGCAUAUAACUGGUAGUGAAUCCUCUCAAUCCGAUUUGAAGUAUAGCAGACACACAGAUGGCGAGACACAUUUACAAAAACGAAACAAAUACCACCGGACAGGCGAGCACAAUUUCUCAAGGAACUCUUGUUCUAAAAAACCUGUUGAGUCAGGGAUCAGCUGUGGCUUUGCCUUCCAGCAUUCACACCAAUAAUUUAUUGAAAAUAAACAACCAAAUUGCUAAACUUAAAUCUAUUUGCAUGAAUAUAUUCAAAAAAAAAUUAAAAAGGUACAUAUUUAUUAUUUUGAUGUCCACAAGUAAAUCAAGGUAUUGGGCCCAAUCAAUCGACUAAUUUAAAUUGUAUUUAAUACUAGCUUGUAUGCUGUGAUGUUUGUUUUGAAAUAUGCCUAUAUACACAAUAUGUAUUGCACAAUGAUCAUAACUUAUUUGCACACCAGGGGAACAUGUGUGGGGAAUGUGUUAUUUGGUACUUAAAGGGAUUAAUGGUUAUUAAAGUGUGAACUUUUUGAUCAUGAACUGAUGAUUUGGAUUAAAAUAAAAGAACGUGGGUAACGACA